AUGGCGGUGAUGAUGCUGCAGGACUGGUGCAGGUGGAUGGGUGUCAGCGCUCUCAGGGGCCUACUCCUCCUGGGCGUCCCAGAGGACUGUAAUGAAGUGGAACUCCAGGAGUCUUUGGAGGCCGCCCUGUGGCCCAUGGGCCACUUUACUGCGCUGGGCAAAGUGUUUUGUGAGGAGGACAAUGCCACUACCGCCCUGCUGGAGCCUGACUGGGAAGUCAGCUAUGCUUUGGUCCCCAGAGAAAUUCCAGGCACUGGGGGUCCCUGGAACGUGGUCUUUGUUUUUGUGCUCCAUUGCACAGGCGAGGAGUUUCUUGGUCACAUGUUCCACUGCCUGGAGCAACAGGGGCAGACAGUGGAGAGCAUGGCUGCGUCCCUGGGGCUGGGGCUGCCCAGGGUGUGCUCGGUACAGCCCUGGGCAGAGAGCAGGUGGUACCAGCGCCUGGGUGUGUUCGUUGGGAGGGACCCGGGGGAGGAGUCCUGUGAGGCCUGGCUAGACCACACCGCUGAAAUGCUGCCUCUGUGGCAGGGAGUCUCAGAAACGGAGAGGAGGAGGAGGCUGAUAGAAGGCCUUCGAGGAAAGGCCCCGCAGCUCGUGCAUGGGCUCCUGACAGAGAACACUGCCAGGACAGCACAGGACUGCCUGUUGGCCCUGAGCCAGGUGUUUCGAGAAAAUGAGUCCCGGGUGACCCUCCGGGUGAAGUAUUUGACCACUCAGCAGCAGUCAGGAAAGAAGUGUCUCUCUGCUUUCCUAUUGCAGCUGAAAAUCUUGCUACAGAAAGUCAUUGAGAAGGGAGUCCUGGCCAGAGCCUCAAAUGACCAUUUGCACCUGAGGCAGGUGCUCACCAGGGCCAACCUCAUUAAGCCGCUGGUUGAAGUCCGGAGGAAGCUGAAAAUGGUUGGGAGGUCUCCAACUUUCCUGGAGAUGCUGGGCCUGGUUCGGGACUCAGAAUGGGAAGCUAGUCUAGCCAGGAGCGAGACAGCCCAGGUGGAAGAAGGGGCUUCUGCCAGGGACAAUGCCAAGGCUUAUGCCAGAGCCAAAGCUAAGGCAGAGGCGGGACCAGGAGGUCCUGGCGGGGAGCCAGAGAGCCAGGCCCAGGCAGGAGACCAGGAGGUCAAAGAGCCCCACGAGGAGGGGCUCAAGCCCAUCCCAGACAAGUUGCAAAACGAGGACGGGGCUGGGGAGAUGAGCCCCGCCACAUCCUCCCAGGACUUAGGUCAAGCACUGCAUGUGCUCGUGGAGAUCUGUGUGCACUUUUCUGAGCAGUUCCUGUACCACUACUCCCACCCUGGGGACCCUGUGCCCAGUCCCAGCAUCCUGCGACUGUCCUGCGCAGGCCGCCUGCAAGGGUGGGAAGAUUUUCAUCUUCCUGAGAGAAGAGGAGGCCUUGGUGGUCCUUUUACUGGAUACACUCUUAGCAUCAUCUUUAAUGGAGAUCUCAGUGGGAACUUCUCUGGCUGGGUCGGCCUCAGCAAAAUCUUCAUCAGCUGGGGCAAUAUCCUCAAUGGCUGGAGUGGUGUCAGCAACGUCUUCAUGGGCUUUGAUGGCCUUGGUACCAUCUUUAUGGCCUAG